AUGUUUCUGCCGUUAUCAUAUACGUGGUAUGUCAACAACACAAGGCUAGAUGGAGUGGCGACAGAGAUCUACAGCUUUAUUGUCACCAAAGACAUUAAAUACAACCAAUAUACCUGUCAGUCGAAAGAAAAUCUUGAGUCAGAAAAAAGUAAAGAAAUUCGAGUAAACCCUUUAUAUGGUCCAGAAAGUGUGAUGAUAAACCCACAACCUCUUAAUGACACAAUAACAAUUAAAAAUGGAGAACCAUUUGGUCCGUACACCUGUUCAGCUGACUGUAAUCCACCUUGUACCUUACAGUGGAAGUAUAAACAUCCCUCAGGAGAUUUUGUAAAUUAUACACCCCAUGGUAUUUCUCCAUUACUUUUACCAAAGCAAAACGCGGACAGAACUAGAAUGACUCUGGUACGAUGUGUAGCCAACAAUAGCGAAGGGCGUAAGAAGCAAGGCAUAAAGUUGAACAUUCUGUAUUCCAUGGACCCUCAGGUGUACAUUAAUAAAAAAAUUCAAAAUUCCUCAAUAAUGAAUGAAGACAAGCCUCUUAGUCUGACAUGUCUCGUUCGGGGAAAUCCCACCCCAAAAGUCACCCUCAAAAAUCUCACUGGUGACAAGAUCAUUGGAGAAAACCCUUUAUACUUCACUUUCAAAACAGUUGCAAAGUGUUCUGACACUGGCACUUACAGCUGUCAAGGAAAAUCAACUGAGUUUGGAAGCAGGAAUCAAUCAUUCCACAUCAAUGUUUCCUGUGCCCCCCGCCUCGAUGACUCCAUCUUAUUCAAAAGCAUAUAUGGUUCCAAGAGUGGCCCGAACGUUAACGUUGAUGUAAGUUUGCCCGUUAUUGCAAAUCCCUUAACAUCUACAUCAGAGUUCAGUUGGUCAGGACCUACAUCUGAGUCUAUAUCGAUUAAAGUUUCACAAAGAGAUAACGUUAUCUACAAACACUGGAUCAACAGCACCAUCCCUGUUCCUACAAAAAGAUCCUUUGGAAACUACACCCUGACGUACAAAGGAGAAGUCUUCGUUGAAAUAACAAUUAACGCCGAAG